AUGUGGAUGCAAUUUAGUUUACGAGGAAAUUACAAGUGGUAUGAUAUAUUGCCUACUCUUAUUUCCAACUACAAUAAUACAAAACAUAGAACAAUUGGAAUGAAGCCUAAAGAUGUUACUUCAGAAGACGUUGAAAUUUUAAAAGAAAGGAUCUCUAAACUGAGAAAAAUUCCUUUAAGACGACCAAAGUAUAAAAUUGGUGAUAAAGUUCGAGUAAGCAAAUAUAAAAACGUUUUCGAGAAAGGAUAUACACCCAAUUGGACAACAGAAAUAUUCACCGUGGAUCAAGUUGUAUCAACUCAACCAGUGACUUACAAGCUCAAGGAUUACCAGGAUCAACCCAUCAGCGGAGGAUUUUAUGAAGAGGAACUUCUUAAAGUAAAAUAUUCAGAUAUUUAUCUUGUGGAAAAAAUUCUCAAGACACGUGGAAACAAAGUUCUUGUCAAAUGGCUUGGCUUUGAUAAUUCUCACAAUACGUGGGAAGAUAAAGCAAAUGUAUAA